AAGUACUUAUAAAACAGAAGAAGUAUAUAAUCAUAAAAUUGUUGUAAAUCUCUGAAAAUGUUUAAUAAAAUAAAAAUUUUAUUAUUAUCCGAAAGUUUUUUAAAUCUGACUCAACAGUCUCGUUGUUUGGCAAGGUGGUUUAAUCGCAAACCGGUUAAUGUAAUUUCAAGUGAAGAAUAUGACGAAGAAACAGAUACCCGAAUAACUCAGAAAAGUAGUAAGAAAACUGCAUGGAAUGAGAAUUAUUUUUCAAAUAAAUCAAAUGAAAAAAAGGAACCCAAAGAUGUUAAACCUCUCACCAUUUCAAAACGAAUGCCCGUGUCAAAAGUUAUUGUAGAUAUGUUAGAAACAACAAUAGAUCAAAAUGGCAAUUUCAUAUAUACCAAAAUGAACAAUAAUGAUGUGCGAAUAACAAAAAUACUUACGGAGAUCAAGUCAAAUAAAGAACGGGACAAAAAAGAUCUCAUUCUACUUGAGGGUAAAAGAUUAAUCAAGGAUGCAUUAGAUGCCAAAUGCAAGUUAGAGUAUUUAUUAUUUAGCAGAUUUGAUGAAGUAGAAUUCUUAAGACCUUCAAUUCUAAAACUUGGUGCUAAAUUGUACAAAAUGCCUUACCGAGAAAUUCAAAUGUGGUCUGAUUUAGUUACCAGUCCUGGUGUGAUGGGCAUUUUUAAAACUCCCAACUUAGAACUCUAUAAACCUAAACAAGAUACUUUACCACUAACUCUCAUUUGUGACAACAUUCGAGAAGCUGACAAUUUAGGUGCUAUUUUGAGAACUAGUAGUGGAGUUGGAUGUGAACAAGUACUUUUAACUAAAGGUUGUGUCAAUGUUUGGGAUUCAAAAGUGCUUAGGAGUGCUUGUGGUGCUCAUUUCAAACUAAAAAUUUUAAAGAAAUGUGACUUAGAAACCAUUCAAGAUAACUUACCCACAGAAUACAAUAUAUUUAUUGCUGACAAUAAGAUUGUUUCACUCAGUACUGUGGAAAAAAGUUCUGAUAAACAAGUGUUAUCUGAAUUAGUGAGAUCUAUACCUCUUUUACCAUAUUAUAGUGUAGCUUUUGAUCCAAAUAAACAUAAUGUGCUCAUUGUAGGAGGGGAAACUGAAGGAAUCAGUGAGCAGUCAUAUAAAUUGGCUUCUGAACUAAAAGGUGUUAGGUUAAAUAUACCUUUAGGUAAUAAUGUUGACAGUUUAAAUGUUGGUACUGCCCUGGGAAUUAUUGUAUUUGAAAUGAAAAGGCAAUUUUUGAUUGCAACAUCUCAAGCAAGUGUUUAAUCAAGCACAGUCAAUUCUAAUGUACUUUUGUGAUCUAUUUAAACUUUAUGAGAAUGUAAAAUUUUGGAAAUCACUAAAACUUUGUCCAUUUUUACUUAUAUUUUCAUAUUUAAAAUAAAUAUAUCAAUAAGUGAAGACUUAUUCAAUGUUGUCUGAAUAUGGUUUUUGUUUUAAAAUAAUUUUAUCAAUGGAUUUAUUAUUGCAUAUGCUUUUUUCUCAUAGAAUAUUGAUUUGAAUACAUCAAUUUCGUAGAUAUUAUUCUUAAUCAUCAAGCCCUUUACAAAUAUUGCAUAUUUUCCAUAUACUUAGUGGACACUUUAUUAAAAAAGAUAA